CAUUCAAGAAAGCCAUUCCCAUCCACACCGACUAUAUCACGCUCGCAGUCAAACAUGGUUUCAUCUGUCACAACUCCUACUCAAUCAUCUCUGGCUCGAGCAGCAAGCAUUAAGCAGCUUGGCACGCAAAUUCCCACCUUGUCCAGAUCUCCGUCGAAGGCUCAUCUAAGCGGCACGCCUCGAAGUUUGACAAAAUCCGCAACUGCCAGCAGCAUAAACACCAUUCCGCGAUCCUCAUCCAGGAGUUUCUUGCAUAGCCCUGGAAAAUUGGAUCGGGUCAAAUCCAUCCUGAGAUACACCAGCAGCUCCAAGAAGGAUACAACCGCACCGUCUUCAAUUCCGACCUUAGUUAGGAGCCCUAGUAAGCCAAAUCUCGAGAAAGCUCUUCCCUCCAUUCCCACGACCCCAACUGGUCUUGAGCGCUCCAAGAGUGUCAAGCGUGUCAAUUUCACCCCUGAUACGGUCAACCGACAUGCCACAAUGGAAGCAAAUUCCCCUUCUCCUGUGAAAUCAGCCAUACCUCGCUCUGCCUCAAAGAAAGACUUCGUUGGUACACCUCAUCCUGCAGCCCGAUCACAAGCUAGGGAGGUCAAGUAUCCAUCUCUUGCUGGUCAUCCGGACCUAGAGAAACAAUCUUCCGAUGUGGAGGAACCUUCUUCGCCUAACCCUCGUCCUCUCCCUGAGCCUCCUCGUCAAGUCAAGUCCGGGUCGCGUCUUCCUCCUUCUGUACCUGGCACCUUUACUUUCCGUAGUGAUCAUACUAUCAGCUUCGGUGCAUCUCCGAAAGGAUUUGGAUCGUCCCGUGGUCAAGCGAGUGUGCGACAAGUCCGCCCGAGUAUCUUCCCCGGAGCUAUGCCCGGCAGCUACCCGGAUAGUAAUAAGGAAAACACCGAGACUCUCCCUUCUGUGCCUCAUGGAAUGCCCAACAAGAAACGCCGUCGUGUUGACUCCGAUGAUGAGGAGAUGGGAGCCGAUCGUUCUCCUAAGAAGCACAAGGCCAACGUGGCUGAAGGACCAAUGCUCAUGGCCCCCCGGCUUCUAGCAGAACAGAUGGCCCCGAAAUCAAGAAUUCCAAGUCCAGAAAAGAAGAAGCCUGUCUUGAGCCUGAGUCGCCUUAACAUGUUGGCUCGGCCUAAGAUGCGGAAGUGAGCAUACCCGGAUUUGGAUGGUACGGCGGCCAACUUCUGUGACAUGACUGACAUUCAUUACUAAUUACUCGUCUGUUUGUCUAUUUGGAGAACUCACUGCGCUUUGGUUGAUUAUUUGGAGUUGAGAUGGCCGGGCGUACAUUAUGUUCUGGAUGGUCACUUUAUGGAUGCAACGAGUUAAUGGUCGGAUGACGUUGACCUA